GAAGAAUGCGUUGCCGAGAUCUCAGCCGUCGCUCUACCCUCGUCCAUCCAAGCUCAACUCGUGGAGAGACUCCGUGCUGUUUUUGGUCCUGAAUGGUUCCUGAAGAGAUUCGCUGUCAGAUCCUCAGCAGUCGGCGAGGACUCUGAAGAAAUGUCGGCAGCUGGACAAAUGACCUCAUACCUGGGAGUUAAAGGGGAAGGCAAGAUCUCUUCAGCCGUAGUCAAAUGCUGGGCGUCUCAAUUCGCUCUUACCGCUUUCAACUAUAAACGCCAAUACGGGCAGGAAUUGAACAGCUUGAUGGCAGUCGUAGUGCAGGAGAUGGUCAGCGCUGACAGCGCCGGAGUCAUGUUCACCUGUGACCCUGCAACGUCGAACCCAUCCAGUAUUUUUAUAACGGCGAACUACGGACUCGGUGAAUCCGUCGUUGCCGCCACGGCCGACGCUGACUCUUAUUCCCUGCGCCGAAAUGGCGCCGACAUAGUCCUAGUUGCGAAGUCGUGUGGCGCGAAGGAUCGCAUUGUGAUCGAAUCGGACUCGGGAGACGGUACUGAAGAAAAAGCCCUCGCAGCGGAUAGAUCGGGGACUUUCUGCUUGUCAGAUGAAGCCGCUGUUGGACUCGCUUCGAUCGGUGCCGCGUUGAGUGACGCAACGGAUACACCUCGUGACAUCGAAUGGGCGAUUCAAGGAGGGCGGACAUUUCUCCUCCAAUCUCGGCCGGUGACAUCUUUCCUUCAAGAAAGUGACUUCGAGAUCGAGAAUGAUUACAACACAGGACUUUAUACCAAACGCGAAGUUCUCACGCGAGCCAACUUCGACGAGGUGAUGCCAGGCGCCUUCUCCACACUUGGGCUUUCCACAGUUUUCAAAUUGCUGCUCGAAGGUACAGCCAGAACGAGACCCGAGUUCGGAUACACGGAUAAGAGUCAAUUCACCUCCCUCCAAAGCGUCAUCCACGGCAAGAAGACCUUCAUGAACUUCUCGCAAUUGAAGGCUCUGGCCAAGAACAAAAACAUGAUGAAAUCGCUGGGAAUCACCUCAUACGGUUACGACAUCCGUGAGCAUGACGCAAUGAAAAAUGGCAUUUUCCACGGACCCGGAGCUUCGGUCAAAGGCUGGAGCUUCGUCAGAACAGUGCUCGGUGCGAUCUGGAAUAUCAAGAAAAACGUGAAGGAAAUCCAAGACUCGACCGACAGAGCGACCUUCGAUGUACCAGAAGGAGGAGAUUGUUUGUCUCAGUUCAUGAACGUCCUCGGUAAAGUUCCGAAAAUGGAUUUCUUCAUGGACGGGCUCAUGAAAACAUCCUACCCAUCGGCUCUCUACAACAUACUUACGCUCAACAUUUUGAAGAAGAGUCAAGGUCUGGAGGACUUCUCUGCUGAUCUGAUGCUAUUGCUGUCGAGACUUCUACGGUCCGACCUCGAGGUGGAGAGUGCGAUUAUCGCGGAUGAGCUGACGACGCUAUCGAACUCGCUCCGGAAAGAUCCGAUGGCUGAUGAAUUCUUGAAAAUGACUGCGGAAGAAGCCGUGGCGUGGCUGGAAGCUGAUCAGGGAGAAGCUGCUCGGCGAUUCAGGACCCUACGAUCGAAGCACGCACAUCGCUGCUAUAAGGAGCUUGACAUUCAUUCGAAGACUUGGGACAUCGAUCCCAUUCCACUCGUCGAGACCUUGAAGUCCAGCAUGCGAUGUCCGGAGGAGGGCGAUCGGAGAAAGGCAGAACAGUCUAUGACCGUCGAUGAGCUCCCGAAAAGACCGAAUAUCAUGCAAAGGAAGAUUCUGGAUUAUUUGAUCCCCAGAGCGCAAUACGCGGUCUAUGCUCGAGAAGCUGCGAAAUCCGGGGUCGUGAAAUGCAUCCAUGGGCUCCGUCUCGCAAUGCGCCAAGUCGCUCUACGACUUCAUUCCGAAGGAAGGUUGCCGGACCCGGAGUUGAUAUUCUUCCUCAGCUGCGACGAGAUUUAUCGGCUCAUCAAAAACCGUGAUCCGUCCUUGCUACCGAGAGCCCGCCGUAGACAGAAAAUGCACCUCAAACUCGAUAGGGAGCGCUUCCCGGUCCUUCUGUACGGAAUCCCAAGACCUAUCGAUUCCUCGACCAUGACGAUCAACUCCGAUGCUCCAUGCUUGGAGGGUGUUCCAGUCAGUCAGGGCGUCGUCCGAGGCCCAGCACGUGUCAUCCUUGACUUUUCCACUGAGGCGCAGGGGAUCGCGAGAGGAGACAUCCUCGUCACCCGAGCAACUGAUACAGGAUGGACUCCGUAUUUCCCCCUCCUAGCCGGCGUGGUCACCGAGAUCGGCGGCCUCCUCUCUCAUGGCGCUGUUGUCGCCAGAGAAUAUGGUCUGCCCGCAAUCGUUGGUCUCGACGGUGCGACGGAGAUAAUAAAGUCGGGAGAUAUCGUUACAUUAGACGGGAACCAGGGAAAACUUUACAGGACCCCUCCCUCUGCCGACGACUCGACGGAAGGAGCCGUGGAGCACACAGCAGUCUGA